GUAUAUUUGUUUGUAAAAUCUUGGGCUUGGUUAGACUAACGACAACCAAAUCUUUGGUGCUUAACUACUAAAUGACAGGCAAUUACGUUGAACAACAACCAAUUGCUAUCAAAUCAUGUCGUGGGGGGUUUGGUCAUCAUCUUCUUUUUUUCCCGUCAUCCAUUUCUUGAGUCACUAAUACUAAUAGAUCAGGUAAAAUAAUACACUGAUUUUUCCUAAAUGUACGAUUUCGUUAAUAAGCCUAGCUAGUAAGGUUACACUUCCACUCGGUAUCUUUGAUUCACUUCUCGUUUAAUACAUGUACAUAUCCUUAUUACAUAAAAAGAGGAAACCUCUAACACUUUAUGAAUAAAAAUAAUUGAUGAUAUUUUGUACUCCCCGAACUUUUGAUAUUUCGAGUUUGUUAUAUUAGAUCAUAUCAAUAAGAAAAGCAAAUGAGACCAAAUAACAGAAGACUCAGAAAUCAUGAGUGGAGGUGAACGGGAAUAACUUUACAUGCCAAAACAGCCAAACAAGAAAAAAACAUAUAAAGGUAUUGAUUGCAUUACCAAAGCGUAGUGUUUAUCUUGUAGCUAUUGGUCGAUCGAGUUGAUCGUAAGAGAUCAAGCAAGCUAAAGAGCCAACUCACAAAAUGAUGCCAAGAUCUUUCCAAAGGACUCAUGGCCAUGGCCGCCUUCUAGUUCUAAAUAAAAAACCUCAAACCUAAAUCGACACGAUCGACUUUACGUUGCCCUUUCCUUUUCUCCUCCCCACUCACUAAUUAGCAACGACUUCUUCCGGAGUGGCUUCUGUCUAAGAACCUUGCCCUAAUCUUAUUUUUAGUGACCCCAUUCACAUCAUUCUCACAUGUCAAUUACUAAUUCGUUCCAAGUUAUUGUCCAUGUUCAUCUCUCUCGCGGUCCCCCUCUCGAAGAAAGUCACAACUUUAGCCAUUAGUCACGAGAAAACGAAAGAAGGAACACGAUAUAUGUAAGCGAUGAGAUUUAGAAUCAAUAAAGACUAAGAAUAAAAUUAGAACGACUUUCAAGUAUCAAAACAUAGUUUCGAUGGAGAAAGGAUGAUCUCGACAUAUGUAUACACAUAUUUAUAUUGGUCAUUCCAUUGAAGUAUGAAAGAUUAACAUUUCGUCAGUAACUAUAUAUAUGUCGUUCAAACACUCUCUUUACUGUGAGAAUCAACACCCAAAUGAGAAAAUGUAAACGUAAUAUGAAGUUGCAAAGGUUGAAAGUUAAUGCAAUGAUAGAAGAAUGAAAGAAAUCAACGAUAUUAAAAGGGAGAGGAGAGGAUAUGGUCCCUUCUUUUUGUGGAUAGUUUCAUCAUAGUGGUACCACUAAAUAGUAAAUACUAGCUAAUUAAUACCAUGGAUAUUUUCUUCUUCUCUUUCACAUGCUCAUUCUUCAUAUUUUGAUGUGAUAUAUUUGGGGUUGAGAGGAAUAAUUGUAGUUUUAGUGAUUGAGAUUGGUUGAUUUUUUUGUAAUGUUCGGAAGAUGGGUCAUAUAAUAAAGUUAGCAAAGACUUAGUGAUUGGAUGAGGCAUUUUAGGUUUGAUUGUUUGUAUUGUUUCGAAGGUAGUAUGAGCAGUGGCUGACCGAGGAUUUUGGGAUAGGUGUGUCAGCUCAUAAAAAUAAGUUAAAAAAAUAAAAAUUAAUUAAAUAAAAAUUAUAUAAUAUUUUAUUCAUAUAUUUCACUAGAUUCAUUGUUUUUAAUUGUGAAUCAUGACGAGUUUUCAUAUUCUGAAAGAUUUCUUAAUGACAUUUGUCCAUUAGGUUGCAAUCAAACCUUUUUUUAUGUAAACAACUAAACAAUAUAAUAAAUUGGUCACUCACGCUCAACUGAUACCAAAAUAUCAUUCUUAAUUAUGCUCAAAUAUGAAAAAUGUCAUUUUGUAGUUGGCAGUUGCAAGAGGUAAGAUAAACACAAAUUUAAGAUGGAAAAGCUGGAAUGUGAAGCUGGAAAGGUGGCCACAAACUUCAAAAUGGAAGUUUGAAUGAGAAUGAGGAUGUCGCCGACGCUGACAAUUGUAGGGUAGCGACAAAUGUCAACGUGGAAAGCAAUAACUAAAUUAGAAAGUAAGUUGGAAAUUAACUUAAAGAAAAAUCUAUGGAAGAAGCUACGGGGAAAGACGACAUGUAAUUCAAUAUCUAAUUACUUGACUCAACCAGCUUAUUAAUCAAUUUAAUUCUCAUUCAAAUUACCAAGCUAGGUUAUCUCUAAGGUGAUAACUAUCUCUCUAAAUACUCACUACAUACUAAGUGAGCAAUUAAUUGCUUACUCUUGUACAACCAACUAAUUAACUACCUAGUCUAAAGUCCGAUAACUUCUAUAUUUACAUAUCUUAAUAAUAUUAUGACAACAAAAUUUUUGUAAUGUAACAAGAUGUGUUGGUUACAAUUAUUGAAGGUGUGUCGACGAGGUUCAGUAUUCAAAAUUUUUAAACCGGAAAAUAUGGGUUACUCACAAAAAUUUCGGACCAAAAUGUGUCGGGUGACACACCUACCUUACUACCUUAGUGGUGGGUCUGCCCUUGAGUGUGGGCAUGUAUGGAUACUUACUUUCAGAUCAUCUAAACACGCCGACGAUUGUAUUCACAUGAAAGAUUUUGUUAUUCUUAUUUCGGAGCCAACCUUUUUUGUACUUCGGUUAUUUUUUUUUUUAAAUUGUCACGAAUUGUGACCCGCCCUUUUGUUAAUACACAAUCAUGUAAGUUUUUCUUAUGUCGCGAAUUGCUAAUUCAUGUAACUAUGUAAGGCGUUGAUCGUCACCUAUGGCCAACACAAAUGAUCAUCUACUAGGCACGGGUAACGAUAGUGUCCAUGCAGCACAAUCAAUUUUGGGGAAGGGAACACAACGCACGGAAAAGAGAGAGCUUUCACGUUGUCCAGUCCACUACUCGAUCGCUUCUCACUUUGGGAACAUUAUUCAGAGGAAACCAGUUUGUUCUGUUCGUAAGAUUAAUCGCUCCAUCGUCUCGAUCAUUAUGGGGGUUCAACUUGUUAAUCAUUCGACUUGACGCUGUGCCCACAUAAUUAAGUGGUUCGUUAAUCAGUCCUAAUCAUGCUUAAAGCGCCUUGUUUGACUGAAAGAUGUACGUAUAACUUAAUGAAACUUGGCAGUUUGGCCUUGUUAUUAGAGUGUUGAUUCAUUGUGACUGAGACAAGUGUCAUAAACCAGUUGAUUAAUAUUGGAAGUCAUGAGAACUUGAACACGUGACCUCAAGGAAAUAACCAGCUCUGAUACCAUGUCAUAAACCAGUUGGUCCCAAUAAUUCGAGUUGUUGGGAGAAGGUUAUGUUGGAUUUUAUACAUGUCCGUGUAUGGUGCUUAACUACUUCCUUACAACAAUAACGAGAAAUGCAAAAAUCUGACACUCCCAUCGAUCAUCAACAAACCCAUCAAAAUUCUAUUUUUAGUAUUUUCUAAUGAUUUCAAGAUGAAUUUAUUGAUGGUAGAUUCACAUAAUCUUUCAAAUCAUGCUGGUGAGGACCUGCCCCCCAUAUAGUAACUUUAAACAAACAUGAUAAUUAGGCAUCAAUUAAUCAGGUAAUGCACGCUUCCGUGGACGGUCCGGCAUGCUCUAAUUGGGGGAGGGGGGAGUUAGUGUUAAUCCAAGCCCCAAAUCACACUUAAAUUUGACUUUUUUUUUGUAAUGUGGAUUAUCAGGUGAUUUGUCUCGUCGCAUUGGUUAAUUUCGUCCGACGUUAUUACUCACCUUUUUCUUCCUUAAAGUCCCCAAAAAGCCACCGAAUUGUCGGGUAAAAAAAAAAAAAAAACGAGCGAUAAAAAUCCUUUUUAGAAUAAAAGAAAUUUUAAAUUGCUGUUAUACAAUAUAGGGUGGUUUGGAAGUUGAAAAUUUUCAAAUGUGUAUUUGAUGAAUACAUGUAUUGUAAAUAUAAAGAUUGUAAAGAAUGUUUUGUAUUUUUUGUAACUAUUCAAAAUUUUUUAAAAAAAGAAAAAAUCACUUUAUGAGCUAAAAGUGCAACAAAUUAAAGCCCACAAUCUCAAAGGAAGAAUCUCACAUUUUUUGUUGAGAUUUAAAAGGCUUAAUACCCUAGUUUUGCCCGAAAUUUGGCGUAAGUGUCAUUUUUGGCCCGGAGUUUUCAAUAAGACAUUUAUGGCCAAUUUUUCAAAUUAAUAGACAAAUUUGGCCUGCUAUUUGAAUUGACCGUCAAAACUGACUAUUAACUAUUUUUUCCGUCAGUGAGUCAGCACGCUGUGCUGACUAGGCUUAUCCUUGUCACAUUUUUUCUUAAAUGAAAGAAAAUAUAAAUUCAAAUAAAAAAUAAAACUAAAAAGAUAGAAGGGAUGGGUCACGAGGGGGUCACGAGGACCACGGUCUCCUCCCCUUCCCCAUCGUUCACGCCUCCAUCCAUUCCCGACUCAGCGAGUCCGGCGAUUCUUCCGCCGGCAGUCCGUACUGCCUCCGCCACCUGUCUUCUUCGCCAACCUCACCGCCCGUCAUCUAUGCCUGCCCUCGCCUCGCCGUCGGCCAUCUCCGCCAGCCCUCGCCUCGCCGCCCUUGCCAGAUAAUCAGCCUAUGAUUUUCGAUUCAUUAACAGCUAGAGCAGAACCAGAACCGGUGAAUUCGGUCUCCCUUAAAUCAGCGUUGGGUUUCCCAUUUUUGACUCCACUGGAGAAAAAAGGCGACGUGAACUGGAAGGGAAGAUUCAGUUACAAAAGUGAUAAAAUUGAAGAAUAGGUAGGGGAGAAGGGCUUCCUUCUAGAUCGAAGUCCAUAUCUAAAAUGAAAGGUCGAGCUCGGUGGCGGCGCGAACUCUCGGUAGGCGAAUCAGAUGGGAAAGCUGCGGCGGCGGAGUCUAUGCUCGUGGAAUCGAUUAGUGAAUUGGAGAAAAUGAGCGAUUUUGAUUUGGAGUUCAAGGAUGGGUUUUUGGCCAUAGUGGGGUGAUGCCAUGAAGGGUUUUUGGGAUCGGUGGAGGAAGCUAGAACAAGUUGAGCAGGGAAGAAGACGAGGCGUUUGCCGGCGACGGCUCGAAGAACGGAGGGAGAUUGGAGGGGCAGACGAUUCCACUCUAGGCAGAGGGAUUUCGAGAUCCAUUACCCACCGCCCGCCGCCGCCACAUAGGACUCCAAACAAGUACUUGCCCCACCACCACAACAUCUUCCAUUGUCGAUUGAGGACGCUGUGGUGUGUUCUCCGGCGACCUUGACACAUCAGAGAGAGGCGGCAGAGUGGACGGAGGAGGGAGACGGUAGGUCGUGAAUUUUUGUCCAGGGGAAGGGUGGGGAAAGGGUUUGGAAGGAUUUAUUCAUUUCAAAUUUUAGAUUUUCUUGUUUUUCUAGGAUUUUUUUAUUCUAAAUAAAUGAUGUGGCAGUCACUUCAGAGACACCUCAACAUUUUUUAUGUUGAGUCAUAAACGGGAUAAGUUUUGAUCGUCUGUUUUAACAGUCAAAAUAAAUUUUAGGCCAAAUCUGUCCAAUAUUUUGAAAAGUUGGCCAUAACUGUCUUAUUGAAAAGUUGGGGCCAAAAUCAUCACUAUCGCCAAACUUCGGGCCAAAAUGGGGUAUUAAGGGCUCGUUUGGAAGUUGGGAUUUCAGAUGAUGUAUUUAGCCAAUACAUGCAAUCAGAAGAAUUCAUCGUUUUUUUUGGCUUAAAAUGAAACAUAAUACUUGUAUUUGAACAGCAGAUGGGUCCACCAGAAUCAUUCAUUAUGAAUGAUUGUCAAUCUCAACUUUUAGUAGAGAUUGUGUUUGAGGGAUUGUUGUCUUACUUUUUGUUCCUUAUUCUUUGAGGGACCACCAAAAUCAUUCAAUCUCCAAACAAUGUAUUUUUCAAAUUCAUACAUUGAGACAAUGCAUCUAAUUAUAAUACAAUGCAUCUAAUUAUAAUUCAUAAGUCGAUUUAAAAUGAGUGAUUGUGGGUGCUAUGAGAUUUGAGGGUCCACCUCAAAUGCAUAUAUUGAAUAAAGUUUUGAAACAAAA